GAUUUCGGUAGCAGAUAGAUUGUAAAUAGAUACAGAGAAACAGAUAUUGUUUCUUCUUCUUCUUGUGUAGAAAUGGGCGGGGAUGGAUUCAAAAACCGCUUUGCAUGUUGUUUUUCAGCGCCAACGGCUUCAUCAUCUUCAUCGUCGAUCAAGCUCUUGUUGUUGACAGUUCCAUUGAUUCUUGUUUCCUUCCUUGUUUUUGCUUUGGUUCCGAGGAAUUCAACUUCGCUUUUCACUUCAACCCUCCCUUCUGCAAAUACCAGUGAGAAUUUCGGUGCACUUACGCUCUCGGGAUUUCAGUCCACGGCGGCGGAUAUUGUUCAUGGCGGCUCGGAAAAGUCGGGACUGUCGGAUGAGGCGGCGGCGGCGGCGGCGGCGCUUAAUGGCUCAGCUUCUAAGUCACUUGAUGUUGAAGCUGAAGUAGCGAAAAAUCUGAAACUUCAGGAGAAAACAAAGGAAGAAAGUUCAAAUAUCACCAUCAACGACCCCGAUAGCUUAAACAUUUCAAUAGCCGGACCUGUUCCGAACGCUACCAUAUCCCUUCCCUCGAAACAAAGCCAACCAGUUCGAACCAAACUCGAUAAACUCGAAGCCGGACUGCAAAGAGCUCGAGCCUGCAUAAAAGAAGCUAAAAAUGGGAGUCAAUUACCGGACCCCGACUAUGUCCCGAUAGGUCCUAUGUAUUGGAAUGCUAAAGCCUUUCACAGGAGUUAUCUGGAAAUGGAGAAGCAAUUCAAGGUGUUUGUUUACAAAGAAGGAGAGCCUCCGGUGUUCCACGACGGGCCUUGCAAGAGCAUAUAUUCCAUGGAAGGCAGUUUCAUGUACAUGAUGGAUGUCGAUACCAAAUUCCAAACUAAUGAUCCCCAAAAGGCUCAUGUUUUUUACCUUCCCUUCAGUGUUGCAAAGAUGGUCCAAUUCGUUUAUUUGCGGGACUCGCGCGAUUUUAGUCCCAUCAGGCGGACCGUCGUUGACUACGUCAAUGUCGUAUCACAGAAAUACCCGUACUGGAAUCGAAGCCUCGGUGCCGACCAUUUCAUGCUUGCCUGCCAUGAUUGGGGUCCGGAAGCUAGCUUUUCAAUUCCUUACCUACAAAAGAACUCGAUUCGUGCUCUUUGUAAUGCAAACACAUCGGAAAAAUUCAACCCUGUGAAGGAUGUUUCAAUCCCCGAAAUCAACCUCCAAACUGGUAAAUUAUCUGGUUUGAUCGGUGGACCGUCAGCAUCUCGAAGGCCGAUCUUGGCAUUCUUUGCCGGAGGGGUUCAUGGACCUAUACGACCUAUCCUUCUUGAGCAUUGGGAAGGCAAGGACGAAGACAUUAAGGUACAUAAAUACCUUCCGAAAGGGGUUAAUUACUAUGAGAUGAUGAGAAGCAGUAAAUACUGCAUUUGUCCGAGUGGUUACGAAGUUGCGAGUCCGAGGAUUGUUGAGGCGCUCUACAAUGGAUGCGUUCCUGUGUUGAUCUCGAAAAGUUAUGUGCCGCCUUUUAGCGACAUGUUACGGUGGAAGGCAUUUUCAGUGGUGGUUUCUGUGGACGAUAUCCCGAGGCUGAAGGAGAUAUUAACAAAGAUAUCAUUGAGGCAAUAUAUUCGAUUGCAGAGACGAGUAUUGCAAGUGAGGAGGCAUUUCGAGUUCCAUUCACCUCCGAAGCGUUUCGAUGUUUUUCAUAUGAUCCUUCAUUCAAUUUGGUUAAGAAGAUUGAAUGUUAGGAUUAGUGAUGAUCGUACUGUUAUGUUUAAUUAGUAAAUAAGUGUAAUUUAUUGUUAUAUUUCUGUUUUUUAUUCGGGUUUAAUUUGUAUUUUGUUGUAAUGAUAUAUUGUAUGUGUUACUGUUAAAGAGAAUUGAUUUGUGCUACAAAAGAAGAAAAAAAAGAUUCGAUUUGAA